GGGUAGAUGUUUUCCUUUGCUCACUUUUGUCACAGUGAUGACUGUGUAGACAAAAAGUUAAUCUGUUGUUUUGGUAUUUUGUUGGUCUUGAUGUUGCUGAGUGUGACUGAAUAUGUAUGAAUGUAGAAGGGUAACUCCUAAACUUAUGUUACUUAACUUUUAUUUUUAUCUUGUCUAUCUUUAAUAAAUCCAUUCAGGACUUCAAAGAGCUACUGAUCUUACUGCCUUAAUGUUCCACUUGGUGUAUCUUAAAUUAUUAAGAGAUUUGAAUGGAUAAGGACACACCUCUAUCUCAAACAGCAUCUUCUGAUGUUUCCUUGACGUUGAGAUUAGGUUUUAAUCUUUUUUAUUUUUUUUCUCCCGUUUGCUUGCAACAGUGGCAUUUGAGCUCCUACUUUGAUUCAAUAAUUGAAGCUGAGUUGAAAACUCACUUUGAGGCCAGGGAGUGUAAAUGCUUGUCUUUUGUCUAACUGCGAGACAUCAAUGAUCUGGAAUGCUUAUUCUGUUGCCCUGGAGAUGAUGCUGCUGCCUUAAAUGUUGGAAAGAAGAUUAAUGGUGUGGGCAGUAUGGACCUAAUGAACGGACAGUCAAGCAGUGUUAAUGUUGUGGCUACUGCUUCAGAGAAGAGUAGCAGCUCUGAAUCCCUAAGUGACAAAGGCUCAGCUGAACUGAAGAAGAGCUUUGAUGCUGUGGUAUUUGAUGUUCUCAAGGUUACACCAGAAGAAUAUGCAGGUCAGAUAACACUAAUGGAUGUCCCUGUAUUUAAAGCAAUUCAGCCAGAGGAAUUGGCAAGUUGUGGGUGGAACAAAAAAGAGAAAUACAGUUCUGCACCAAAUGCAGUUGCUUUCACCAGAAGAUUUAAUCAUGUAAGCUUCUGGGUUGUUAGAGAGAUUCUCCAUGCACAAACUUUAAAAAUAAGAGCUGAAGUUUUGAGCCACUACAUUAAAACAGCUAAGAAACUGUACGAGCUGAAUAACCUGCAUGCUCUUAUGGCAGUUGUGUCCGGCCUACAGAGUGCUCCAAUCUUCAGGCUGACUAAAACGUGGGCGUUACUGAGUCGGAAGGAUAAAGCUACAUUCGAGAAGCUGGAGUAUGUUAUGAGUAAAGAAGAUAAUUAUAAAAGGCUUAGAGACUAUAUCAGCAGCUUGAAGAUGACUCCAUGUAUUCCUUAUUUAGGUAUUUAUCUCUCAGACUUGACAUAUAUUGAUUCUGCAUACCCAUCAACCGGAAGCAUUCUAGAAAGUGAGCAAAGAACAAAUUUAAUGAAUAACAUACUUCGAAUUAUCUCAGAUUUGCAACAGUCCUGUGAAUAUGAUAUUCCUCUGUUGCCUCAUGUCCAAAAGUAUCUGAACUCAGUUCAGUACAUAGAAGAGCUGCAGAAGUUUGUAGAAGAUGACAAUUACAAGCUUUCCUUAAAGAUAGAACCAGGGACCAGCACCCCACAUUCUGCUGCUUCCAGAGAAGAUUUAGUAGGCCCUGAAGUCGGAGCCUCUCCACAAAGCGGACGGAAAAAUGUUGCAGCUGAAGCAGCCUUGUUGCCACCAACACCCCCAUCACCCAGGAACUUGAUACCCCAUGGGCAUAGGAAGUGUCAUAGUCUGGGAUACAAUUUCAUACACAAAAUGAAUACGGCCGAAUUUAAAAGUGCAACAUUCCCCAAUGCAGGACCAAGGCACCUACUGGAUGACAGUGUCAUGGAACCUCAUGCCCCUUCCAGAGGGCAGGCCGAAAGCUCCACCCUCUCCAGUGGGAUUUCAAUAGGUAGCAGUGAUGGUUCGGAACUUAGUGAAGAGACAUCCUGGCCAGCAUUUGAAAGGAACAGGUUGUACCAUUCUCUCGGUCCGGGGACAAGAGUGGCACGAAAUGGCUAUCGCGGCCACAUGAAGGCCAGCAGCUCUCUAGAAUCUGAAGAUCUGGCUGUUCAUUUGUAUCCAGGAGCAGUUACUAUUCAAGGUGUUCUCAGGAGGAAAACUUUGUUGAAAGAAGGCAAAAAACCUACUGUAGCAUCUUGGACAAAAUACUGGGCAGCACUGUGUGGAACUCAGCUCUUCUACUAUGCUGCAAAGUCUCUGAAGGCUACAGAAAGAAAACAUUUCAAAUCCACGCCGAGUAAGAAUGUGUCGGUCGUCGGCUGGAUGGUGAUGAUGGCAGACGACCCCGAGCAUCCAGAUCUCUUUUUGUUGACGGAUUCUGAGAAGGGAAAUUCAUAUAAGUUUCAAGCUGGAAACAGAAUGAACGCGAUGCUGUGGUUUAAACACCUGAGUGCUGCCUGCCAAAGCAACAGACAACAGGUUCCUGCCAACUUGAUGACUUUUGAAUAAUGGGCUAAUUCAAAGCAAAAGAGAACAAUUUGAACCACCUCAUGUUUGAGAAUGAGGCCCUGAUGAAAGAUGUGCCAGCUGUAUCUGUGCCAGAACAGAGCCUGUCAACUGGAUCUCUGAACUCUGGAGCCCUGAACAAACCACUAAUGGCUGAGGAAUAAGUCCCCUGUGGGAAAAGAAAAAACAAAAAUGGAGUUGCAACAUGCAUUGCCAUGGACCAUGCUUCAUAACGUUCUCUGAACUGACCUGUGGAAACCACUGCCUUAAAGAGUGAAAGGAGAACCAACGAGAAACACCAAAUAGUGUGUGUGAAACUUCUGGCGGUGCUGUGCUUGAGUUCAAUAGAUUGUAGCUAGUUUGAGUUUCUUUUAACUUUAUACUAAUUUUGGAAAUAACUCACCUUUUUAGGUAUUCUUAAGCAAACAGACUGAUACUGAAGGGUGGCCUCAAAAGCUGGGUUUGAGCCAGGUAGAGGAGGUUCUUCGUGUUCUGGAGGUGCUGGUUCCGCCCUGGGGGCUCUCUUGGGCCUCCCCGGGCGCGCGCAGCCUGGAGCAGCAUCCGCUUCGCUCCGCCCUGCGGGUGGGAGUUGGGACAAGCGCGGGUUUCCCGGAGCUGCAAGCCUGCCGACCUGCAGACUGGGCGGCCGCUGAGCACUUAGACACCAGAUUACUCUUGUUGGUACGUUGUUCCCCAGUUCCUGGUUGAAACACAGCUCACGUGUUUUGGGUGGCUGGUGUGCGUGAGAGAGACCCGUGAAAGCAAUGUUGGGUCAGAACCGAGUGUUUCCCUCCCUUUUUAUUUCUAUGCCCUUCACACUUCUGCACAUGAAGGUUUCGUGACCUUGCUAAAGCUCACCGAGGUAUUUUACUUCUCUGGGUAUCUUAAUUACCAGCUAGGGAACACUGUCAGUGUAAGAUGUUUCAUAAUAUCACUUAAAAGACAUACAUUUGAAAAUGACAGAGGCACGAUUUCAAGCAUUCAUCCUCUCCUUUUGCGAUUGCUGAUUUUUUAUUAUCUGUCUUGGUCAAAGUAUAUGAAAUGGUGCGUUAUUGAUAACAUGGCCUAAAGCAGACCUUAUGUACAGAAGCUGUGUUGAUCUUCAGGAAAGUACCUAAUUGAACAUGCAUUAACUUAAGGAAAGAAAAGGUUUAGGACUAUCAAAAUUCCUUUCUUGAGAGAAAUAAUUCCGAAGUCACUGAAAUUACUCUCCAGGAAGAACACUGGGAUUGUAAAAAGGGAGCCAUGCUUUUACCUGUGUGUGUUAUGCCUGAGAAUUUGGUCCUUGCUUUAUUUGCGUUUCCUUGAAGUCAGGUGGAAUUUCUUAGGUGGUUAGUCCUUAUUUAAUCUUCAGAAAUAUGAUUGUUUUAAAGCGAGGAAACAUUGUCCAAAAUAUGAAUUUUAUAUCAGAACUUCUAGUCUGUGAAAAAGUAGUAAAUGUUCCAUUGACCUCGUGGAUUAGUGGCCGUAAAUAAGCUUGCAGACUCCUCCAUGAUGCUGCUUUCUGAACAGAAACAAACUAUCUACCAGUCUGUGGCAGAGUUCUCUGACGGUGUAAUAAAGGUUUCUA